UGCAGACCAUUCCAAGAACAAGAUCACUUGAUUCGAGAGCACACAUACAUAUACACUUGCAGCCCACUGAUCGCCCGUACUUAACGGAGAACGAAUAAUUAGGUACACUUUACUUAAUUUUCUCAUAGCUGGCUGCCUCCUCUUCGCAUCCAGCCAUGGAAGCUACUCCUAACGCGUAUUCGCCUCUUCUCACAACGGGAUCCAAGCUCCCAGAGGGCUCAAAGAACUCACAGUCACCCGAAGCCGCAACGGGGACGAUAACACUCAAGACUCUACAGACAAAUCCAUCGUUUAUGAACCAACCACGGCCCCGGAAGGCCGAAACGUUCCAGUCCUGGGGCGCACCCGCCGGCCUCCCCAUCCCAAGCAACAAUAACGAGAACCUCCUCAUCUUCCGCAAAGCGCUGGGGAUCAAUCUACAACGCGAUGUCGCAGACUCGAACGGGACCCUGGAAGAAGGCCGCAAGAAAGCCAUCGGCAUCUACCGCAGCGUGAUCGAGACGCAGACGCGCAUGCUGAUACAGCACGCCCUGCUCACGGCGUUUCUGUACCUCGUGUACUUCGCGCAGAUCAUCAUCGGCGCAGCGCUCACGGCCCUCGGCUCCUCGGCCGCCCGCUUCGAAACGACCAUUACCAUCCUUGGGGCGUUCAAUACCGUUCUCGCCGGAGUUCUCGCGUUGAUCAAGGGCUCCGGUCAGCCACAGAAGCUCGGCAAGGACCGCGUCGGAUAUCGCAGGCUUCAGGACUGGAUCGAGGAGACGGAGGCGCUACUUGCCGUGGGUGUCAUCGGGCGUAAUAGAAAGGAAGUCGGACUCCUUGUCGAGAGCGCGUUCAAGCGGUAUAAUGCCGCGAAGGCGAGCGAAGAGAACAAUGACCCAGACUUUUACGUGUACCACCCGCAAGAACCGAUUGGUAACCGCCCGAGUGAUGAUGGAGGUGCUCAUUAUGGCAAUGACCAUGAGGCUACUAAAUAAGACGGAGUCAGGUAGGAAGAGGCACAGAGGGGGGCAUAGAUAAAGAUAGAAAGCAACGUGUGAUCAGUACACUUAGAGAUAGCUUGCAUGCCCAUAGCCUGAUUCACAUUAAUAUACAUGGUUGAUAUUAAUGCGGAAGCCUUUUCAUCUUGGCGGACGACUUUCAAUAGCCCGUCCC